AUGACACAUCAAGCUUGGACUAUUGCUGAUUUACCGCAUCGACGAUGGAGGUUAAAAUAUUUACCUGAUGAAUUCCGAGCAGAAGACGUUAGAGACGAAAAUCAUCCUUAUUUCACAUUAUUAAAAAUUUUUGAUCAAUUAAGGGACUUGGCUUACACAACAGAAGAUGUACCAAUGCUAUCAAUAAUAGAGCAUAAAUUAAAAAUCGUUGGAAAAAUCAUUGACAACUUGAUUGAUUUGCCGGGUCCUUAUAUAAAAGGCGUAAUCGAUUUCACUGCAUUAUCAGCCUACGUUCAUACAAUCAACGAUUUAUGGUCCAAAAAAAAUCAAUUAAUGUUGACACCUGUGUGGAGAAGUCAUAUAACUUCCGAGAAAUUUUCCGAAUAUUUAAAUACCGAGGUUUACGAAUCAUUUUUAUUACCAACACUUUAUCAUAUAAGUUUAAUAUUAGAUUGGUGGUUGGGCGAUCCUCAAUUCGAAUUUUGGAUUGGAAUAAUUGAUUUAAAUUUUGAUCAAUUCGAAACACAAUUAGAAGCUUAUGUUCAUUUUUGUAAGAAUCAAUUAUAA